AUGAAUACGCCAUUUGGCCGCCGAGGCCACGCCCAUAUUGUCAGCUCUGGAGACCGUGGCGCGUCUUCCUAAAAAAAACGCUUUUGUCGGACUUUCAGUGCACGAGGUCGGAGAGGUUCUCUCGUUGGCGUUCCGCUUCGACUACCCGCAACUGAAGAAGAAGUGCGAGUAUUAUCUGAUGAACGAGCCAGAGUCCGAGUGGUUCCAGAAGUUGGCCUUUGCCGAUCUUUAUGAUCUUCCGUUGCUCAGAGUGAGUUCGGUCUCUUGUACUAUGGUAUCCUAAACACUUUUUCUUUAGCAACACGUGCUCGACAACACGGUCGGCCUUCGUCAAAUCUGCAAACACCUCCAUUACCACCGCUUCCUCUCCACCGAAACGCUGCGCUCGAUUCUGGCGAAGGCGCUCGAGAUGAGCGAUCUGAAGCAGUUCGGGGAGGAGCCGCCGAGUGGUUGGCAGACGCCGUGCCUCCACAAGAUCACCGAAAACCGGUGGGAACGGCUGAAACGCGUGCCGGUGGUCGGAGGGAUCGUCGGCGAACCGGAUGUGACUGAGGCCGUCGAGAAGUUCGAGAGCACUUUUAUGCCGAAACACUUUGGCGUCGAGCUCAUCACUCCACACUUCUCGUUUGCCGAGAAGAAGUUGAAAUGAGUCGCGUUUCGCUCUCGAGCUACAGUAGCACUUUACAGUCUGUUCAACUACAAUAUCCAACUGGGACCGGAUCAUCGUCUGCUCUACAAGCUCGAGUGGAACAACGUGCAGCCGGCGAAUCUUGUGUGGUCCGUCGACGCGACCGUCCUCAUCCGCAUGCAAUAUCUGGGCAGCCGUACCUGGGAGCACUCGGAGCGCGUCUGCUUCGACUACGACCAUCAGUCGAUCUUCUUCGACGGACUGCUUAUUUAGAAGGUGUUCCCCGGCGGCGUCGAGCAUCUUCUCGACGGCCCUUUGACAAGUGGGAGGGUCUGAAAGUGAUCAAACUGUUCCAAUUCGAUCAUCGCUACCUGGAUUCGAACUUGAAUUUGAACGUGCAAGGACACGAUUUCUACGUGCGCUCCAAGACGGUCUUCAAGGAGAUUCCGGCGCUCCGUGAGUAUUUGGAGCAGAAUUUCGAGGCGGGAACGAAGCAAUAUGUGAUUAGUGAUUUGCAAGGAGAGAAGAGCAUGCCCGCGUUCGAGACCAUGCUCCAGGUCGCCUUCCGAUGCAGUUUCAUCACCAAUUGUGAGUCACGUCUCACGGUCUUCAGAGCUGAGAAUGGGCGCAAGUGCGCCCCGCCCAAUAGAGCGAUACAUUGGCGCGAAAUUCAAAUUUUAACAGCAAAAUUUGUGUUUUUUGCCAGAUUAGCCACGAAAAACCGAUAAUUUUUCAUUUGUCUCUCGAAAGACCUAUUUUGUAGACUAAUACGAAUUUUUUAAGCGCAAGAGCGUUAAAUUUGGUCAAGUCGCAAAUCACAUUUAUCCGUUUGAAGGUUUUUCGCUAAAACUGCGUGAAUUUCAGUUGUUUUUCGGUAGUUUUCGCGGUUCGAGCGCUCAAAAUGCUUGUAUUUACGUGAUUUAUCAUUCUCAAAACCAAUUCUGUCUGAAAACGGUCAAGAAAGCGCAAAAUGAGAAGUGCGGUUUUUAGGCGGCGAUCGGCGGCGAAGGCGAAAAAACGAAAUCCGCGAAAAAUGCGCCAAAACUUCAUUAAUUCUGAGAAUUAGUGUAUGUGUGUGUGUGUGUUUUGUCGAACAAUAGUUUUUCAUCGCCUUUGACCACAAAAAUCAGAGAAAACCUGCUCAAUUCAUGAAAACGCCAUUUGGCCGAGGCCACGCCCAUAUUGUCAGCUCUGGAGACCGUGUGCCGGUAAUCUACGAAAAAAUAAAGUUGAUUGGUUGAAACAUGGCUUGGACAUUUCCACAGGCAAUUUUCAGAUUAG